GACAAAAACCUGUCAUUGACAGCAUUUGAAAAAGAGAGCCAAAUUCUGACUAAGCUCUCAUUAAUACAAAGAGCAUUCAUACAAAUGAUGGGAGUAGAAACGUGGAAGGAAGCCAUGGAGUUGUUUCCAAAAGAGACACAAAGAGAGAACUUGAGCAGGUUCACAAAGUUACCUUUCAGACCAAAUAUUCCUGAUACCUUUGUCAGAUACUGUCAAAGUAUUAGAAAAAGAAAUGAUAAGGACUCGAAUACAGUUCAAGAGUGCCUAUAUGGUAUAGAUGGUUCAAAAGGUAUUGUUUUGCACCAUGAUGUACUGAAGCUGUCACCUAAGACUUUAAAAGAGAAUGGUGUUAAAUCAAAUGGUUUUGACUGUGUAAUAGUGGAUGUACCUGAUGAAUGGCUAACCGAGGAAAUAAAAGAGUUGGUAAUAACUGUAAAAACAAUCAACACCAGCAUUGACAAUUAUAGACUUGUCCUGUUAUGUGACACCAGUCUGAUGACUAGAAUAAAAGGAGAACUUAUAAAAACAAAUACUUUUACUAAAGUGGAGGAAAUAUUUUAUUAUGUAGAAAAUACAAGGAAAGAACCAACAUCAAUAUUAACAGAGUCUGUCCAUGGGGUGGUGAUUGCGUACUAUGCAGAAAAAUGGAGUCAUCACACUUGAACCAGGUCCAUGUGGAUGAGCCACAACACAAUUUUUGGAUU